CUUAUUGUCAGCAUUUGCUCCGAGCAAGCCUUCAUGUCUCCAACGCCAUUGGGACUUACUGGAUUAGCGAGGACGAGCCUACCCGUGUGUAUCCCGAUUCGACAUACCUUCCUCCUGAUCCGUUGCAUCCGCUCAGCCACGCGUUUCCCGAGAUCCGACCGAAGUUUCGAAAAGCAGCUCUCCGCAUACCUCCAGCAGCAACACUUUCCGCACACUCCGAGGUCAUCGUCUCCGGCAACCAACAUGUCCUUCUUACUUCCUGGCCUUCGUAGGGGCUUGAUGCUCAGCACGCCACUCAUCUUGUCGACGCCUUUACUGGCGUAUCAAUUCCGAAAUGCACAGCGCAUACGAUGCGAUGGUCCGGAUCCAAUCACCAAGAUCAAAAAUGGCCUUACAAACAACUACACAAAUGAAGCGAGAACACCAGUCAUCACUCAUUCGGGUGCCAUGAACCCACAGGCAGUUCGUCAAAUCAGCAUGGGAAGCAUUCUUGGUGUAAUUGGAGGACUAGGAGUCAGCGUGUUCAGCAAACCAUUGGCUGUACUAAUUGGACUGGGGAUCUUUGCUUUGCAGUUCAUCGAGUCGCGAGGUAUCCACGUCAUUCCGUACUCAUUCCUGGAGCGCCGAGUAAAGUCGAUGAAUGUCCGGUCACUAGUACGCGAUAACGUUGCCUUCAAGUUAUCUUUCGGCCUAACGUUCGCGAUGGCCGCAUUUGCCGAGUUUUAAGAUGCUGGACGAUGUGUAUUCUCUCAGUACGCAUUGGGCUGUGGGAAUCCAUGGGCGAAUCGAUGUGCUGGGUUCAUUGCUUGAGGCUGUAGUUGCAUUUGCAGUUGCUUGCACGUCUGCCAGAAAGCUUUUACGCUAUCUUUGAAGGCCGCGCCAUUUCUUGCGUUUCUGUGUGUGUGUAUGUCAGUAUCAACAUACAGAAAUCCAAAUCACGAGCCAAAUUUACCUGGUCAUGCUCUCGAUGAGCUU